AUGGCGGUCGGCGCGGAAAAUGAAGGUACGAAACAUUUGCUAAUUAUGAACGUCACUGCUUUGACUGACUUGCGGUUUUUUCAGGACAUUUUCAUUGAUGAACGAUAUCGUAUCGACUAUAAAAUUGGCGAGGGGGGGUUUGGUCUCGUCUAUGCUGGAACUGAUACGCAAUUAAACGACGAGGUUGCCAUCAAACUUACGCAUGUCAACACCGACCCUGAAAUUCUAAAGGCCGAGGCAGACACCUACAAAGGGCUUUCUGCGGGCGUCGGAAUACCGCGAGUCCGAUGGUUUGGUGAAGAAUGCGACUACUAUGCCCUGGUCCAUGAGCUUCUCGGGCCAUCUCUCGAGGAUCUCUUCAAUUAUUGCGACCGGCGAUUCUCGAUCAAGACGUUUGGGAAUCCCCGCGCCAAUGCCCACCAUUAG